UCUAUCCUUUCAUUUUUUAAUCAUUAUUGAAGGGAAGGUUCAAAUUAUAAGGGAAAAAGAAGAAAAGUGUAAUACAAAAUCAUCAAAUAUUUGCAUCUUUUGAAUAAAUAAACUUGCUCCAAGCUAAACAACAGUUUAAUUGAACUAAUUUUUUUUAUGACAAGGACCGGCAGCCGCUACCCUUCGGUGCUCACAGCUCAUGUGCAAUACCGCAAACCACAUAGGAGGGAACCUACACCAGGCAAGCCCGUGCCACGAGCUCGAUCAGAAAGCAAAUUCUUGCUAUCAUAGGCAGAGGUUUUCGAACCUGAAAACUCCAUUAUGGAAGCUCCAUGUUCAACCAACUGAGGCACCCUUACAGGACGGCCAAGUUGGAGACGGUAGUAUACUGGUGCUUGCCGAGGAUGUUAUGGUACCAGUUAGUGUGGUAUACACUGCAAUCAGUGUCUUAAAGAAAGAGGGAGCUGAGAAGUUGGACCCUAUGAUUGUUACUCAAGCUUCAACCCAGAGUCUGACAUCAGCGGAGUUUGCAUCUAUGGAUUUUGUUGCUCUCAUCUGUAGGUCCCUAGAGUUUCCUAGUGAUAAAUUAUGUGCGGACAUCUCAAGAGUGUUGAAGCCAGGUGGAAUAGUCCUACUUAGCCUAAGUUCUCAAUCAGUCUCGAAGGCAAACUUCACCCAUGAGCGAAAUUUAUUAUUGGCUGGAUUAUCUGAUGCUCAGUCAUCUGAAACUGGCCACUCUAUCGUGAUCACAGCAAAGAAACCUUCAUGGAAGGUUGGCUUAUCCUUUUCUAUCAAGAAAGUCACAAAAUGUUUACCGAAAGUUCAGAUCGAUGAUGAUUCAGAUCUCAUUGAUGAGGAUAGCCUUCUCAACGAAGAAGAUCUGAAGAAAUCACAAUUGCCAAGUGUUGGAAAAACAGGGAAAGCAUGCAAAACUUGUACGUGCGGACGGGCUGAAGCUGAGACAAAAGUGAAACUUGGACCAACUGCUGAACAACUGAACAAUCCUCAGUCUGCAUGUGGCAGCUGUGGUCUAGGUGAUGCUUUCCGUUGCAGUACAUGCCCUUAUAAGGGUCUCCCUCCAUUCAAACUUGGUGAAAAGGUAACGCUUUCAGGGAACUUUCUUGACGCUGACAUCUAAGUUCAGAUGAUAACUGUCAAUAUCCAAUUGCAGAAACCGCUAUACUUAGGUCAAAAUUUUGUUGGUUCCUUCUCUUUUGUGAGAUAAUUGAAUAUGUAAGAUGUACUCUUGUCGAAGGGAGGGAAACAGCAGUGUUCUGUGAACUGCUGUUUGAUCGUUAAGAGUUGAUAGAAAAGAUGUGGAUUUACGUGGCAGAAUGCAAAGUGUUGGAAAUGUGCUUUGAGACCAAGGUGUCAAACAAUUAAGUUUUUAUUGUUAUUCCUAUUGGAAGGAAGAUGUGAUUUUUUCUCCUUACAUUACUCAUUAUAUUGAGAACAAUGCAGCAUCUACGUCUGAGGAGAAGAUUGUUUAUACGAGAAAGAAAGGGAUUUCUUUUCCCAUUAUGGAUUUCUUUAAGAGGUUUUCUAAAGCAUUGGAUUCAUCGACUCAUUUCUUCAAUAAAGUAUCGUAUGUGAUAUUAGUCGUAUUGAAUUCUAA